GUGAAACAUGCCUACACAUCAAGUGUAGGUUAAAACAGGUCAUUUGCGUUUGUGACGGCGUCUUGUGCGAUAAAUGUAAACUUAUCGCAUUUACCAUUGUUUUUAUAAAACAGUUUGGUGACUUAUCCGCUAUGAAGCGCUCUAUUACUUUUAUGAUAGCGCUUUGCAUCACAGAAUCUCUCAUAUCACAGGGGAGCUGCAAAGUGCAAACCAAGAAAAUGCUUUUAAAAAAGGCAAAGAUUAUGGAUUUCGACUGGAAGAAUUGCGGGAAGCCAGACGAUCCAGCUGUUCUGAAGUCCCUAACUCUGUCGCCCGAUCCUAUUGUUAUUCCUGGAGAUUUGAUGGCCAGCGCGUCCGGGUCCACUGAGGUGGAACUUUCCUCGCCCCUUGCUCUGAAUGUAACACUGGAGAAGGAAGUGGCUGGUUUCUGGGUCAAGGUGCCAUGUUUGGAACAAAUAGGCAGUUGCCAUUACCCUGACGUCUGUGACCUUCUCAACAUGGCGGUUCCACCAGGACAGGACUGCCCAGAGCCUUUACACACCUAUGGCCUCCCCUGCCACUGCCCUUUCAAAGCUGGGGCCUAUUCUUUGCCAGAGUCUGACUUCUACUUGCCUGACAUGGAUCUGCCCUAUUGGCUAACUAAUGGAAACUACAGAGUACAGGGAGUUCUGGAAUCCUUGGGAAAAGAGUUGGGUUGCCUCAAAAUUGCCUUGUCUCUUCACUCAAAUAACUAAAUCAGGACUACUAAUGCACUUUGUUGUCAGUUGUGGUUUGUACACUGGUCACACUAGUCUAAGGUGAGUCGGACCUUGUUGUGAAGAUGUACGAAAUUAAGAUACUCAAUAACUUGAUAACCAAUUUUAUCAAUGGAAUAUAAAUAACUUCUUUUGUAUUACAGAAAGUUACUGCUCCUUGGGAAUUGUAUUGCAAAUGUGCACGGUCCUGCUUGGGAAUAGGUGUCAGUGGGGAAAAUGCUACUGUUGCAUUUGACAAUGGGUGAUACUGUAUUCACAUUGCGGUACUGUUAAGGGAACUUUUGAUCUCAUGAAGCCAAUUACAAAGAACCUGAAAUUGGAGCUGUACUAAAUCUUACAUGUCCAAUGUAAUAGACAUAGUAUAGAUGUCAAAUAUACAUUUCUAAUGUCUAUUUGGUCUUUACUUGUGCAAGUUAUUGAAAGAUAACAGUAUAUGUUACUUAUUGACUUACUUUAUAUCCUGGGUAAAAAUCACUGGAUGAGUAGCUUUAAAGUAGCUUUUUUUCAUGAGUUGUUUAUUGUGCCAUGCUUUUUUAUCUGAAGCUCUCAAGAUUGUUCAUCAGAUGUUUUUGUUAGAGUUUGCUCCUUAAUUAUACUACUCUUAGUCUAAUGUAGCCAGAAUCAGCUUGUUGAAUUGACUUAUCAGACUGUACUUUUUGGUAAAGGGAAUGCUGCAAUUAAUUUGUAUGGAAAAGAAGGCUUCAUGUCUAAUGUCGCGUUGACGCAAUGCAUUGAAUCAUUGUUCUUGUGCCUGAAACAACUUUCUACUUUAUAAACCAAUAGAUGUACACAUUUUCGGAAUAAACAAACAAUAGUGCUUUUUCCAAUUAUUUGAUUUGACUGU